AUGGCUCUCUCAACAGCAUCUCUCCAAAAUGAAAUUGACGACCUAACUCGACGUCAUACAACAUUUAAACAGAAAUGGUUGAAUAAACAGCGUACUAUUUCUGAUUUACUUGCAUCAGCUGUUGUCGUAUGUCAAACAAGUGCUAACGAUAUUCAUCCUUCUGAACGACAAGUCUCAUCAUCAAAUGUUGACGAUGAUUCACAUUUCGAACAUCGACUCGUUGAUUAUGUUAUUAAGCAUGCACCGAUUUCAAUCACUGAUCUUGGCCAAAUAUUUUCCAAAGAUGAUGAACACAUUAAAAAAUCCUUGAAGAAUUUGAAGAUUAAACUUGAUACUGAUGAGAAGAUCGUUUUACCUCUUAAUUACACUGAUUUAUCAUCCAAUUCAACUACAUCUAAAUCUUCUGUAAGUCCGUUAAAACGUUCUGUUCCAUCAUGGAUGGAUGUACCGACACGAUACGGCCCAUCAGUCCGUGACCGUACACCGCGACAGCUAGUUCAAUUACUUUCACAUCCAACUGCAUGUGAAUCUCAACGAGAAAGUUUCAAUGUUGAAAUGGAUCGAUUGCUUCAUCGGCAAACUGCUAUGGAGAAAAUGUUAGCACGUCGUUUUCAAACGGAUGACAUAAUCCAAGAAUAUUGUCAAUAUACAACACGUGAUGAAUGUCCCUUUGCAAAUCCUCAUUCAUAUCGACAUUCCCGUUCACCAUCAACAUCAUCUGAUAAUGAACAAAAGCUAUCAGACGAUGAACUAUCAGCGAGACGGAAGAGAAAACGAGAUGAUUCUAACGAAAUCAAUGAUUCGAGCAAACGCUCGUCGUAUCAUCGUCGGAAAAAUGGACGCAAUUCAAAUACUUGUGGCAAAGUACAUUUUCGACGUUUAAUCAAAUCUCACACAGAUAAUUCACUUGGUGAUUGUUCAUUUUUAAAUACUUGUUUUCAUAUGGAUACAUGUAAAUAUGUUCAUUAUCAAAUUGAUAAAACAAAUUUCGUUCCAUCAUCUACCAAUAAUCAGAAACCAAAUCGUCAUUUACCUAUUGUCGAACGAAUUAGUCCGGGUUCGGUUCCACCUCAAUGGGUUCAAUGUGAUCUACGUCAAUUUGAUAUGUCCGUACUCGGAAAAUUCUCUGUGAUCAUGGCGGAUCCACCUUGGGAUAUUCAUAUGGAAUUACCCUAUGGAACUAUGGCUGACGAAGAAAUGAGAAAGCUCGAUAUACCUUCGUUGCAAGAUGAUGGGUACAUAUUUCUAUGGGUAACGGGUCGUGCAAUGGAGUUAGGUCGUGAAUGUUUACGUAUUUGGGGCUAUCAACGAUGUGAUGAAAUUAUUUGGGUGAAAACUAAUCAAUUACAAAGGAUUAUCCGUACCGGUCGAACAGGUCAUUGGCUUAAUCAUGGCAAAGAACAUUGUCUUGUUGGUGUCAAGGGCUCUACAGCUGGUAUGACGCGUGGUCUAGAUUGUGAUGUGCUUGUUGCCGAGGUACGUGCAACAUCUCGGAAGCCGGAUGAAGUUUAUGGUCUCAUUGAACGUUUAUCCCCUCGAACACGGAAAGUAGAAUUAUUCGGACGGCCACAUAAUGUUCAACCAAAUUGGAUUACACUUGGAAAUCAAUUGGAUGGCGUUCGUUUGGUUGAACCCGACGUCGUUCGACGAUUUCGACAGAGAUAUCCGAAUGGAUACUCUAUGACUUCAACUAAUCAGCAGCAUUCAUCUCAACCGCAGCAACAUGAUGGAAAAUCAGCAAUGAACAAUCUUCAUCUCAAUUCCAAAUAG